AUGACCCUCGAUAUAGCCACCGCAAUGCGGAAGAUGGCAGAGGCACACGGACCAGGCGAAUGCGACGACGCCGAUUGCUCGUUAUGCGUCCCAGGGAAAGACAUAGCUUUCCAGCUCAAGAACACCGACCGCGUCGUCGUCUUUACCACUAUUGCCACCGCCGGUUCCCCGCAGGAUGGUGCCACCGAAGCCAUGCUCGAUAUCGAAACUCGGGACGCCCUCUUCGCUCGACCGGGCUUCCCCAAACCAUUGACUCGUCUGCUCGUUCCGACUUAUCGCAUCGGGCCCGCCGGCGAGAAAGGACUGGGCAUGUUUGCCACCCGCCGUCUGCGCACGGGCGCCCUCAUCGUCAACGAGCGCCCCUUCAUUGUCCAGCCCAUAUGUAGGGCUGCGUGCGACGCGUGUGACCACAUGUCAUGCCGUACUAUCCCUGCUGAACAGGUUGGGUACACCAUGGAGGAACGAGAGGAGAACUUGAAUCUCUCGCUGAAUCGCAUGCCUGAAGAGAGGUGGGAGAGGUUUCUCGAGCUCAAGACUUCCCACAGCGAGCAUCGCGCCGGGUCUGGCCCGCUGCUAUCGCGCGCGCGCACUAACGCGUGGCAUGCACUGGGCGAGUACAAGUUCGCAGGCAUAGAUGCCCAAGAUGGUCAGUAUCUCGCUAUCUUCGAUGAGCUUUCGCGCAUGAACCACAGUUGUCGCCCGAAUGCCUUGUACCACUGGGACUCAAGCACAUUCUCCGGCAGCCUACGCGCCGUUCGUGACAUUGAGCCCGGCGAGGAGAUCACCGUCUCAUACUGCGGCGAGGUCGACCGUCCGUACAGCGAUCGCCGGGCCUUGCUUGCGCCCUACGGCUUCGGAUGCGACUGCCGCGCAUGCGCCGAGGGGGAUGCCGCGGAUAUAAGGUACGAACAGAUCAUCGCUGAGUAUGAUGACCUGCCGUUCCCCCUAUCGUCUGACAAGCGCGUGGAGCAAGGGUACCGCUAUGCCAUUCAGCGCAUAGAGGAAGAGGGGUUGGAGGCUAUCGAUCAGUACUACUCAUCGCACGUGCAUCUGACGCGGUAUUACCGGUGGACGAGGGACGUGGCUAAGGCGCAGGUGUGCGAGGAGAAGCUGAACGCAAUCUCGUGGGCGCAGCGCGGUAAGCCGUUCGAGCCUGCGAAGUACGAGGGCGUUUGGCCGAUGCUAGACGGUAGUAUUCUGUAUCAUAUGAAGUAA